GAGUUCUUACUCAACUGUCUGUCAGAUUACAGGUGACAUUUGACUGUGUCACGUCAUACAGAAUAAAUUCUCGAAGCGCGCAAAACGAAACGGAUCGUGUUUUGUUCAAUUUCACCUUAUUCAUACAUUGUGCAUCGACCAACGUGCGAGCCAACACACAAAUCUGAAGAAACCAAAAAUUCAAGUGUUCUAAAAAGUUCUGGAAUCAAGUGCAUGUCUAAGUGUUUCCCUUAUUGACUGUUUCAGCAGCAACAUUUCAAAAGAGGAAAUUUAUUAAAUCUAAACUGAUUUUACUGUGUGCUUCAAAAAAAAUUUGGUGGUUUUUUUUUCUCUUGGUCGGUUGUCUUAACUUUGUUGGCAACCGCAAGAGCAGCGUAUGUGGAGUGUGUGUGUGAGUAUCGCGAGUUUUGUGACGACAGUGACUUUUUUCACUCUUGAACAAGUGCAUGAAAAUGGCAUUCGAAGAUCGUUGUAGUCCACAAAGUGCUCCAAGUCCACCGGGUAUACCGCAUUCACCACAAAAAACAGCGAUCGUUUUGGUUACCAACGGAACCGAUUCGCAGAACAUUUACAAUACAAACGGUUUCACUAUCGAACAAGAGAUGUCUAUGGCGCCGCCGGUAACAUCAUCGUCAGUUACAACAACAGCCGAACAAAUGUGCAAUGCAAGUGGCAUUGAACAGUGCAGCACAUCACCAUCGUCGUCGUUGUUGUUGAACAAUUCAAACAUUAAGCAAGAGAAACACGACGAACGAUCAAAAAUGGACAAAUUAUCAGCCAGACAACAAACACCAAACACACCCAUCGCAUUCUCAAUCACAAACAUUUUGAGCAAUACAUUUGGCAAUGCAAUCACCACAAAAUUGCCCACAAACAAUAACAAUCAAAUAAAUCGAAAUAACAAUAACAAAGUGAUUAGUGAAAAGAAAAAUAGUGUUUUAUUUCGACCAUACGAUGAUGAUAAUUGUGGCGGCGAAAGUGGUGGUGCAACAUCACCAAAACAACCGAAACAUGAUCGACGACCACUAUCCGACGAUGAAGCAUCAAAUGAUAACGAUGACGAUGAAGAGGAGAUUGAUGUGACGGAUGAGCGGGCAAAAUUCCAUCAAAAUGUUGCUAUCGAUUUCAGUAACGCACUUCCAGGCAGCGAUAUGCAUCGUCUUGCGCAAACAAUAUUGUCGCCGCAACAGCAAGUGCAUCAGCAUCAUUUACAUCAGCAACAGCAGCUAUUAUCGCAUUAUCAGGCGGCGGUGGCCGUAGCUCAGCAAUCGCUUCAUCGUGCUGGUACUCAUGGUUUUAUGGAUGGUAGUCCGUUGGAUGCACAUCAUCGAUCGCCGCUUUACCCCGAUUUCUAUCAUCAAACCCAGCAGCAGCAACAGCAUACCCAAGCAUUGGCUAAAAGUCUCCAAUACCAGCAAUAUUAUCAAACAAGACUGUUAACCGAUAGUGUUCUCGCCAAAUAUCCACCGUUGGGCAAUUUAUGCAAAACCGUGUCGCAAAUCGGCCAAAGUCCAACGCCACCAUCAUCAUUGAAUGGCAGCAGCAGCGGCGGCAGUAAAUUAACAUCACCAGCCCGUUCCGAGUCUUCACCCAGUAAAAAAUCACUCAAACGACCUUCAUCACAAUUGGACAAUGUGCCAAGCACGGGCUCGGUGUCGAGUGAUUCAAGAUCAGCAACCGUUUCAACGUCAUCGUCCAUGUCAAAUGAACCAACGACGGCAACAACGAAAAACCAUCAAUCGAACAGUUUGGACUCGGGCAUGGAGUCGUCGGAUGAUACAAAAUCGGAAACAGGCAGCACUAAAGACGAAAAUGGAUCUCAACUUUGGCCAGCAUGGAUUUAUUGCACGCGAUACAGUGAUAGACCUAGUUCAGGACCAAGAUACCGAAAGCCAAAAGUACCAAAAGUCAAAGGUGAAAGUGAAGAGAAACGCCCACGCACCGCAUUCUCAAUGGAUCAACUAGCUCGCCUCAAGCGUGAAUUCAAUGAAAAUCGUUACUUGACGGAACGUCGACGUCAGCAGCUGAGCUCGGAGCUGGGUUUAAAUGAGGCGCAAAUCAAAAUUUGGUUCCAAAAUAAACGAGCCAAAAUCAAGAAAUCAUCCGGUCAAAAGAAUCCACUGGCGAUGCAAUUGAUGGCACAAGGCUUAUACAAUCAUUCGACGGUGCCGUUGACGAAGGAAGAGGAAGAGCUUGAAAUGCGAAUGAAUGGUCAACUGUAAAAUCGUGUAAAAAUGGCAAGCGCUACUCUUACAACGAAUAGUAUGUAAACGUGUGGUACACACCACUUGGACUGGUUAUUUUUAGACGGUUUCUUUGUUCAUAUCUGAUUCGAUGCGAAUAAAAUGAAUAUUCAAUCUAAAUUCAUUGAAGCAUAAAUUCCAGAGGAAAAGAGUUGAAAAUGGCAUAGAUCGCGAUUUUUUUAUAAAUAUUAUUAAAAGCAAGUCUUAAAAAUAAUCAAACCUCUGUACGUGUGUUAAGCCCUAUGAGAAACGAGGCAUAUUCAGACGAAAUAGUCAUAAUUUAAUCUGAUUAAAUUGAAUUUCAUAUCGAACACUUUUUUCCUGCAUUAUCAAUGAGAAAUUGGUUUUAAGCCAGUCGAGCCUCAUCAUCUACAUUUGAAUUCGUCAGAAUUUUCUCCGAACUAUUGUGCAAUCUCGGACCACUAAAGCAACAAUUUGCUGUAGUUCUUUACAUUUCCAACAAAAACAUGCGAACAAGUUGUGAUUCAACAAAAAUUUAAUACAUAUCUAAUGCUUGAAUCUAAUACAAAAAUGAAAUACCAACUCAAAAGAUUGAAAAGGUGAUUGAUAAAAAAGGAUAUCGUUAAGUUGUUAAACUACAUCAAAUGAACACAGAAAUAAUUAUAAUUGUGCCAGUUCCAAUCGAACAGCUAAAACAUGUUUUAUUGAUUUUUGUUGGGAAAAUAUGAGCAAAAUUUCACAUGAUUUCCAUUCAAUGAGAGAUGUUUGGCAUUUAAGCGUACCCCAUUAGGUCACAUCUUCUUUGCUUCAUAAGUAGAGGAAAGGAAAAAUUUAUUCAUAGAUUCCUAUUAAAACAGAGGGAGAGAGAGAAAAAUAUUAUUAGAAAUUAUUGAGCAAAAAUUCAUUAUUUAUUAACUAAAUAUUCGAUUUGGCGACGCUACUCAAUUAGACCCGCCGAUGAAAAACAAAAGCAAUUAGAGUGUGUGUGUGUAUUGAAGUUUGCAUCGAUCGGCUAAUUUGUAGAAACGCCAAACUUCACUGAAUUUGCAUUGAUUUUAAGCGGCGUCACAUUUGUGUCGUUAAAUGUCGCUAAAAGGAACUGACGACCGUCAACGCAACCGAAUACGAACGAAAUAAAAAGAACGAAACGAUGGCAAAAAAAAAUUGGUUUGAAAUUUUAUAACAGUUGCAAAAAUGGACAAUUUUUUUUCUCUCGAACCAUUCACUUCGUGCAGUGCAUGCUAUGACAGCUGUCUUUCAAACUGCUGUGGUUCUCGUGCGAUCAGAUGGCAAAAGAGUAUAUCAACCUUUAAAAUUGAUUUUUAUUUUCUAACCCGCUACGAUGAAAAGGAAAGAAAGAUGAACGCACGCCGAAUGAGCGAACGAGAUGGAGAGAAGUGGUUUUAAAGCAAAGACAUGCAAAAGUGUAAACAAAGCGAAUCCAGUUUUCAUGCACUUAAAGUUGAAGCUAGGAUAAUAUUGUGAUAAUAAUAAAAGAAAAACAUGAAUAAAUAUAAGCGAAGAAUAAUACAAAAGAAAUGCAGGGAGAGAGAGAGAGGAAAAACACACACACACACAGCAAUAACAAAUUGAUGAAAUAAGCGUUGAAGAUGAACACGACAAGAGCAGCCCACUAUUGUCGAAGAGAGUACUGUAAAUAAGCACAUGUUAUAAGAACAAGAUCUACACACCUAUAUACAUAUACACAUACAAGAAAUCCGCAAUAUAAGAGCAUAUAUUGUAAAUUCAUAUUGAUAAUGAACAUUCGAGAGAGAUAGAGAGAGAGAGAGAGAGAGAGAGAGAGAGAGAGAGAGAGAGAAAAAAGGAAAAAUCUAUUGAGCUCAACCAUUUUCCAUUCUCAAUAUUUAGGACAAAAACCGUUUCACAUUUAUCAACAUUUAAUUGCAUUGGUAGUAUUAGUCCGUUAGGGAAGUAAAAUGCAAGUGUUUUUGCAUACACACAAGCACACACACAAACACACACUCACCAGCACAUAAAACUGAAAUCGGGCCGCUCGGCCACUGGGCAAUAUAUAUUGAUGCAAAAUGAUAUUUAUAAAGUCAUUUAUUUGUAACGGAAUGCAAAUGGUGAAAUUUCCGUGUAGAGAAGAAAAUUGCCGAAAUGUGUGCUUGUUUAGUCGAAGGGACGAUAGAUAUCGACCAAACCGCUUGCAUGAAAAUUGCGAGGCGAGGCGAGCGAGUGAUCAAAACCGCAAUGACAUUAAAACCAAAUAUAUCAGUUAAUGUUGAAUGUGAAACGAAACGGUUUCGUCAAUUUAACCAACGCACUAUGCCAACGCCAUCGAUGCAAUUUGGCCGAAGCGUGCGAAACAUGUUUCAUUGUGUUUGGUCUCGUUUUUUUUUUCUUCGUCAGUCAUUCGACAUGCAAGCCCAAGCGAGCCAGAAAAAACAUCCGUCUUCCGUUUACGAAUGAGAAUGAGAAAAAUAUUGGACAAAAUGCUAUCCCAACCGGACCGUUGGCCAUUCAUUCGGUUUUCGUCGCUCACUCGCUUGCUCGUCCCCAAAUCCCUUCGACACCAGUUUCGAUUUCAUUGCAUUAUUUUACCCAAAAUAGCUGUAAACUGUAUAGAUAGCAUUAGAAUUACCGUUUAAGAUUCAAUCUAUUAGCGUAAUGUAAAGAGAAAAUCUAAAUAAAUGUACAACUACAAAAUGAACACUUAAA